CAAGCGUUAAAAUCUUUUGCUCCUCCAAGGACCUGUCUUAAUUGAUUGGGCGUGUUUAGUUUUGGUCUUUUAUUCAAGCCGGAAGAAUGUUUAUGCCACUUAAUUUGAGAUGGCCGUUCAUGUACGCCAACCCGGGGGUGAGCUGGCCCCGGGGGUACCUCACUACGGGGGUGGAGGGAUCCCUUCCCCUGGCACCCAAACCUAUCUACAGUGGGGGGAUAACGCUGUCCAAGGACGCCGCCUCUGAAGCUGAUGACCCACCAGUGUCCGACCACGAGGAAGCUCCGGACAUCGGCAAGAAACUCAAAGUGGACACAGGCAAUGGUAAAAUAGGAAAGGGUGUCGAAGCCGGGAAAGAUAAAGUAAAGAAAGAAAAUUUGGAAGAAAGCUCGGGUGGUCGUUCAAACGAGGUUGGGAAGGACGCAGAUGAAGACAAAGAUGGCGUUGUUAUAGCUACAAACCAGGAAAAGAGCGAGGACGCCGCAGCGAGCGCUGACGACAGCAAGGUUAUCGAGAGACAGAGCAAGGCCGAAGAUGGUGGUCUUGGAGUCCCUUUGAUGAACUCCCUACCGUUCUUCUUGCAACAACCCUCGGCGUUCAGUCUGGCGCAGCUGCAGCAAGCCAUGCGAUCUGGGAACCGUGGAAUGGAGUUCUUUCCGCCCUGGCCGCCGGCCGCCGCGCUCUUCUUCGGGGAUUAUCGCCGCCUGGGGCGUUCCCCCUACGGCAAGAAGUACUACAACUGCCCGCAGUGUCGGUAUAUGACGGACAGAAAAAACAACUUGAAGCGACACGUGUCCACCAUGCACCAAGAGUGCGACAAGCUUCUCGAUUGCUGUGGACUCAUGUUUAAAAACAAGGCGUCGCUGCGUGAUCACGUGCUGAUCUUCCACAGGAACGGGUAUAUGUGCCGCUUUUGUGGGAGAAAUUUCUGUCGAAAGGCCCUUCUUAAGCGUCACUUGACGGUCCACAGCGGGCAGAAGGAUUACGUCUGCUCUAUCUGUGACUAUGCCACAUCCCACAAGAGUAACUUGGAACGCCAUCGCAAGGUGCACGAGCGGCAGCUCCACGAGGCCCCUGACGAUUCGCUUCCAGUUCUCGCCUUCAAUCCGACGGAUACUUCCUGCAUGGGAAGUCCGGUAACCAGUGACAGUCGAGAAAGCUUGCCGACACCUUUUUCUCUUCACACCACGUGAACGAUG